AUGUACGUACUAAAAAAUCUGACACUGGAGGGGGAAGGGGCUCCUCGUGUUUACAGUGCUUCUGGUGGGAGCCCUUCUAGCAGACCUGCCGUAGUUUCUCCAGGAUGACCAGCAACUCAAAACCAUGGAACAUAACAGAAACACGUUACUGACUCCCUUCCACGUGCUGCAUAGAGACAGGUGGUUAAAAACCAUCCUGAAUUACCGCUGGGUGAGCAUAUUUAGCGCCACGGGGCGGGAGCGCAAACCCGCGAUCGUCCGCAAAGAAUGGAAACAUUCUGUUUCUUUAAAAAGAAAAAAAAAAAAAAAAGCCCACGAGGCAGGUCUCGUGCCUGGAGCACUUCUCUUCCACGAGGUGCCACUCGUGGGUCAGGAUCGCCGCCCGCCCUGCCCGGCUCCGUCCGUCCCCGCUCAGGGCGGCUCUCUCCGGGCAGCUCGAGGCUGAGGCGCUGCUCCUUCCCGCCCAAGAUGGCGGCGGCCCCGCCCCGCCGGGCGGUGUCCCGGAGCCCGUCCCCCGGCGCGGGGGGUAUGACCGCGGCCGUGCGGCGAGCGGGGCAGGCGGCGGCCGGAGCGGGGUGUUCCGGGUUACUCGUGAAAGAUGGUGGAUCGCUUGGCAAACAGUGAGGCAAAUACUAGAAGAAUAAGUAUAGUGGAAAACUGCUUUGGAGCAGCUGGUCAACCCCUGACUAUUCCUGGCCGUGUUCUGAUUGGAGAGGGAGUCCUAACAAAACUGUGUAGGAAGAAGCCCAAAGCAAGGCAGUUCUUCCUGUUCAAUGACAUUCUUGUUUACGGUAACAUUGUCAUCCAGAAGAAGAAAUACAACAAACAGCACAUAAUCCCACUGGAAAAUGUCACCAUCGAUUCCAUCCAGGAUGAGGGAGAUUUACGGAAUGGGUGGCUGAUCAAGACACCAACGAAGUCAUUUGCGGUUUAUGCUGCCACUGCUACAGAGAAGUCGGAGUGGAUGAACCACAUAAAUAAGUGCGUUUCUGAUUUGCUUUCCAAAAGCGGGAAGACCCCUAGCAAUGAACACGCAGCUGUGUGGGUGCCGGACUCGGAAGCCACGGUGUGCAUGCGCUGUCAGAAAGCCAAGUUCACUCCUGUCAACCGCCGCCACCACUGCCGCAAGUGCGGCUUCGUCGUCUGCGGGCCCUGCUCGGAAAAGAGGUUUCUGCUCCCCAGCCAGUCUUCCAAGCCAGUGAGAAUCUGCGACUUCUGCUAUGACCUUCUUUCUACAGGGGAGAUGACUGCUUGUCAGUCCACUAGGUCAGACUCCUACAGCCAGUCACCUAAGUCAUCUUUAAAUGAUGUGUCUGAUGAUGAUGAUGAUGAAGACAGUAGUGAUUAAGGACCAAAAUGGUUUUUUUUCCAUGUGUUGCGAGUUGUGUUUCAAACCAUAUGGAGCUGCUUUUGGGGAAGUCUGUAGUGAGGUUCCUCAGUGAAAUCCUGUUCUAGCCAUGAAAUAUGCCUGAAUAUCUUCAACUGCAAUGUGCCUCAAUCUAUGAAUUCUCUAAACAAUAGUUGUUUUUUUUUCUCCUCUGCAGGGAUAGACUGGUGCAAAUGUUAUCAGAAUAUUUUCCAACUUCAUUUACUUGAGUUGUGUCUAGGUUAGACUUUUGUGGAAGAUUGGAGGAUGAAAUGUACUUUCUUAACAACCCGUACUUUCUAAUGUUUCACAUUGGUAUGUUAUGCAGGGUUUUUUCAGAUCUAGGGAGGAUAACUGUGAGCAGGGAUGGGAUAGUGACGUUUUUUGUUAAUCCUGUAGACUCUUAUUUUUCUAGCCAUGGUAUAUAAUUAAUUACAAGGUCAUCACCCAGUGUACAAACCUAAAUGUCACAAAACUUGGAAACUCUUGUUUUGCUGUUACUUAUGACUUCCUAUGCCAAGCAGUGCCUUGUACCAAUUGUGCUGAUUCAGGAAGAAACAAACCUAUUUUAUGUCUGUAUUUGCCUAAAUGCUGGUAUCUGAGAGAUUGUUGGUGCUAUUAUAAAUAACUGCUGUGUUCAAAGUGGAGCUUUGACAAGGUCAUAAUUGCACCCCAUGGUGGAUGUUGGAGACCCAAAGGGCAUGUCCUCACCUGUGCAGGCAGACCUGGAGACACUGCAGAUUCCCACAGGCUUCAGCAUCUUUCUCUUUGCAGAAGUUCUGUUGUGGGUUGGGAUCUUGAGAUGGGAAGUUUAGGGAGAUUCUUCAUGGGGAUUUAUAUACUUUCUUUUCAGAACAGUUUCUAAGUUUCAGAUUUGGCAAAUGCAUACUGAAAUUUUAGUUGGGUGAUACAGCAUUUGGGUGUGCUAACCUACAUAUUUUUGGAAGUAAAUCCCCAAAAAAGCCACUUUUUUUUUUUUAAACAAUGGUGAGAGUACUGUUUUUUUUUUUUUUUCUUCCCCAAGGAGUUUUAUUGGCUUGUCUAAAAAUAACCUCUUAUUUUGAAGAAGGCUGCAAGUAUCCUUACAAAACUAGCUUUCCUUUUUACACAGCUGACCUCAGGAUAAAUGUGAGAUGCAAGUUGCUUCAUUUUAAAUGUAUACCCAGGACCAAGAAAGAUGUAUUUAAAGACUGUAAUGAAAUUGUCAGUGCAGAAAAUCUCUAUCAUAGUGUUCAUUUUAUUUUCUUGAAUACAGAAGUGUCAUGUUCCCAUAUAAAUGCAAAAGUUACACUUGCAAAGACAUGUUAAACCCCUAGAUAUGUUUCUGUAUUUUUAUAAUGAUAACCUCAAUUUUGAAGCAGAAAAACCUCUUUGAAAUAGUUGUAUGAAUAUAGUAGCAACUGACUUAAUACAAAAAAAUGUUAAACUUUUGUAUUUCUAAAUGACAAUUUCUGCACUGUUUGCCUUGGUUGGCAAUAAUUGGGUUAAAUAUUUAUUGAAUAAACAAUCAAUGCUGCAUGUUGCACUAGUCUCCCAUUCUGUAUGCUGAAAGUGUGAGUCAUAUUUUUUUAUAAAAAUUAGCGGAGUACUUUAGAGCCAUAUCCAUCCAUGAGAUUUCUGGUAGCUAAAGAUGCACUUAGCAUCUAUAGAGAGAGGCACUCUACAUUCAUACUUUGCAAGACAUUGCUUCAGGUGAAAAUUGCAUCAGUAUUUUUAGCUUGGACAAUUUCUAAAAAUAAGGCUUUCUUUAGAAGCACUGAGGAGUAUUUGUUCUACUUGGAAAUAAAUGCACAAAGGGAAAAACACUUUGAUGCAGAUUUGGGACCAGGAAGAUUCUGUAAAAUUGCCAGAUUGUAUAUAUUGAAAGACUAGUGGAAAAAAAUAGUUGCAUAUACUUUUUCCUUGAAAGAUGAGGGAGAGGUGACCCUGCAGCAGGGAAAAUGGGCUGUUCUGGGAAGGCACUUUGAAUUAAUAGUGCUUACUUUUUGAAUUAAUAGUACUUAUUUUGUCCAGAUGGGCCACUUCUGCCCCUGCUGGACAAAAAUCCAUGACCUAUUCUCUUGGUCUUGUACCUGUGUAAACUGGGAGGAGAAGGAAGAUGGUGUCUGUCUGCUGCUUCCUCUGGGAAGCCAUGGGACAGCUGAGGCUGGUAGAACCUCUGGAAGUUGUCUGAACCAACCCCCUGCUCAAGCAGGGCCACCUAGAGCUGGUUGCCAGGAAUGUGUCCAGGUGGCUUUUUGAUAUCCCCAAGGAUAGAAACUGCACCAUCUCUUUGGGCAAUGUAUUCCAGUGUAUUUCUCACAGUAAAAAAA